AUGGCUCGUUUAUGCUUUGCAUUGGUUGCAGCAAUGGCAGCAUUGCUAGUGGUCUCCACCGUCGCCCAGUCCCCUGCUCUUUCUCCUUCUCCGUCCGUACAAAUUCCCAGGAAAAUUUCUCCUUCUCCUACGACAACGGCCGCUCCUGCUCCAGCGGCUGUGAUUGCCACGACUCCGGCAACUGCUCCCACUCCAUCCACUGAUUUUACGUCUCCACCAUCUCCCUCACCGGUUGCCUCUGAUGUUCCAGCUUCAUCUCCAUCAUCAAUCUCUGCAUCUCCUUCUGAUUCUCCAUCAAUGAUCACUGGUACUCCUACAGAGGCUCCUGGCCCAGCUCAAAACGGCGUCGCUUCGGCUUCUUUCAGUGUCGUUGGAUCCAUCGCCGUUGUCGUUUUGGCCUCAGUUUUCGUCAUGUAG